UCAGCAAGUGAAUCUGUUGAUGGGAACAAUUCAGGACAGACCCAUUGUAAUUACAUCAAGAGCUUGUUCCCCAGCAAGAAGAGAGUUAAAUGUUGAAGAAAAAUUAUAAUGGACCCACGUUUGGAUGAACUAAGAUAUGUUCAACCAGAUUGUGGCAUUAUUCUUCGACCUGAUGAUGAACAAUCCAGAGCAUUUAGGAAUUCCCAAAAUAUGAAAGCUUAUUAUGGUGUAAGCAUCAGAGUGCAAGGAAUAGAUGGACAUCCCUAUAUUGUGUUAAACAAUAAAGAUGGACACGUGCCAAGUGAUUCUGCAGAUGCUGAUAUUCAUCACCAAUCACAUAAAAUAUCAUCGGGUAAAUCAAAGAACAAGCCCAGCACAGUGAGGAAUAUCCGUGAGGAACUCUCAUUACCUGAAAAUCCAUAUGCACCGACUACAAAAAAUGGACAGUAUAUUUAUUCAGGUAAUGGUAUAUCUGACAUUAAGGAUUUACAAAAAACAAGAUGUUUAUUAAAUUUUCAAAAACACCCUGAGAUUUUAAAACCGUAUGAUCCUAAAGAGCACAUAGUGAAUGUAGAAAAUGACCAGUUAUCUGUGACUAAUGAUUGUUUACUUCAUACAGACAGAAACCCUAAGAAAGAUGCCAAGCCUCAGGUCAAUGUGCACAAAGGGUUUUCCAUUAAGAAUACUAGCAUCAAAUCUAUUGCCAAUGACACACAUGUAAAUUCAUCUGCUAUGCAAGAGGACCAACAUGAAUCUCUUCCAUACAAUCCUAGUAUUACAAGCAGUCCUAGUGAUAAAUUCACUUCUGAUUCAUUUUCAUCCAGUAGUGGGUCUCCAUACAGCAAUAACUAUACGGUCCCAGUUCAACAAUCAAAAACCAAGCCAGAUGUUCUUCCCUUUAGAAGACAAGACUCUGCUGGACCAAUUCUUGAGGGAUCUCGGUCCCGUAGAUCCUCCUGUUCCUCAACAGCAACAUCCUCUCAUUCCAUGCAAAAAUUUUGGUUAGAUGAUCAGGAAGAUGCUCUUUAUGCAGAUAACGUGAACCGCCAUGAAAAUCGUAGAUAUAUUCCCUUUGUACCAGGUACAGGUCGUGACAUUGAUACUGGGCCCAUUCCAGGAAUAGAUCAAUUGAUAGAAAAAUUUGAUACGAAUGUUCCACAACGAAGAGGCAGAUCUGCCAGACGUAAUAGGAUUAAUCCAGAUGACCGUAAAAGGUCUAGAAGUGUAGACAGUGCAUUUCCUUUUGGCAUUCAAAGUAAUUCAGAUUACUUAAAUGAAUUUAGUAAAAAUUUAGGGAAGUCAAAUGAACACUUAUUAAAACCUUCUCAAAUAUGUCAGCAGAAGCCACACCCCCAAAACUAUAAACUUCCUUUUAAAAGGCAGAAUACUGCUGGCAAUUUAAGUACUGCAAAUCUUUCACUGGAGGAGACAAAGCAGAAACAUGUUGGUUCAUUACCAUAUCGUAAACAGCAUAAAUUCACAAAUGAUGAUGUCGAUAGUGUGAAACUGAAUACAUCAAAAUUACCAACUCAGAGCAAGAUAAAUGCAGAUAUAAAGACGCAAAAAUGUACUCUACAGCUAAAAGAUAGCAUCUCAGCGUCUUCCGAAGUGGUUACAAGGAAGAUUUCUGUUAAAGCACAAUCUGCAGCUCCUGAUUCUCAGGUGACUCCAGAUCUACUAGAGGGUCAACAACAACUAGCUCAGCAAACAAAUGAGGAAACCGCAAAACAGAUACUUUUUAACUAUCUGAAAGAAGGGAGCCCUGAUAAUGAUGAUGCCACAAAAAGAAAAGUCAAUCUGGUGUUUGAAAAAAUACAGACGUUAAAAUCCAGAGCUUCCGGCACAGUAAAAGUUUCAGAUCCUUCGGUGGAUGUCAAGGCUUUGUUGGAAGAAAAGGGUGUAUUUGAAAAGAAGAUAUCCAACCUACAAAAAAAACUAGAUGAAGAGAUUAAGAAUCGCGACAACAGCAAAGAAGAGAGGUUCAAGACCAAAGCAAAUAUGAAAGAAGUCCAAGAACAACUUGAGCGAAGCAUGCAAGAAAACAUUGUUCUACGUCAGCAACUGGGAGAGAGUGAGAAGGAACUAAGAAAGCAUCUUGAAGAAUUGUUUCAGCUGAAGAUGGAACAAGAGCAGUAUCAGACAGAAAUAAGAGAUCUCCAGGAGCAGCUGUCAGAAAUGCAUGAUGAAUUAGAUGAUGCAAAGUGUUUUGUGGUUGAUGGAGAGAGAGAAUCCAUAAUAGAGGAGCUGAGUCAAAUGAAGCAAGGCGUUCAAGAGAUACUAAUGGCAAAAGAAGAGCAAGAGGAGCUAUUAAAAAAACGAGAGCGUGAGCUUACAGCAUUAAAGGGAGCCCUGAAAGAAGAAGUGUCAACUCAUGAUCAGGAAAUUGAUAAGCUCAAGGAACAGUAUGAAAAAGAGUUGAGAAAAGUGCACAGUAGUUUGGAAGAAGCCGUCAAGAGCUCGAGUAUUAUAGCUGGUAAGGUUGAUGAAGCAAGUCAACAAAAAUCUGCUGCUGAAUAUAGAGUCAAGAGUUUAUUGCAAGAGAACGAUGAGCUGAGGAAAAAAAUUCAACGACUUGAAGCUAAAAUUGCUGAACUUUCGCAGGAAAUUAAGGAAUUAAAUGAAGAUAAUGAUCGAAUGAAAGAAAGACUUAAGUGUUCUGAGAAAGAAAAGCAACAGCUGACAGAUGACCUUGAAAACGCAAGCGAGAGAGAAAAGGACGCCUUGCAAAUAACAAGGAAACUGGAAAGUCAACUUGAAGAUAAUAAGAGAAACCUUAGUAGGAUUACUUAUGAGCACCAGCAAUUAUCUGAGCGCUUAAAAGAAGAAGCUAACCAGAAAGAACAAUUAAGAAACCUGAAGAAUGAAAUGGAGAGUGAACGAUGGCAACUAGACAAGACCAUAGAAAAGUUACAAAAAGAGAUCUCAGAAAACGUUGCCUUUUCACGAACAUCCACCGUGGAACUUCAGAAACAAUUUGAUGACUACAAGGAAAAACACCGCAGAGAUGUUUCCGAACUGCAGAGGCAGUUAAAAGACAAAACAUUGGAACUAGAAAAAUCACACCAGACUACCAAAAAGCUACAAGAUGAGGUUCAUCAUUUGGAAGAAAACCUACAGGACCACCAGAGAGCGCAUGAUGAAUCACUUACAAAGAAUCAUCUUCUUCAGCAAACCAUUAAAGACCUUCAGUAUGAACUAGAUACUAAAACGUAUAUGAAGGAUGAUCGUGUUCGACAGAUUAAAUCAAUGGAGGACAAAGUAUCUCAGCUAGAGAUGGAGCUUGAUGAAGAAAAGAAUAAUUCUGAUCUACUGUUGGAGAGAAUAGGAAGAUGCAGGGAACAGGUGAGACGCCUCCGUUCCGAAAUUUAUCAGGAAAGGGCGACCAAAACAGGACUGGAGUGCGAUAAACUGUCCCUGGAAGAAGACAGGUCUUUUUUAUUCUGUAACAAAGAUCUGAAGAGCAGAAUAGCGGCAUCUGAAAAUUCACUUAGAUCUAAUAAAGAAGGGCUUGUUGUUCAGAUGGAAGCAAGAAUAACAGAGUUGGAAGAACGCCUGGAAAAUGAAGAAAGGGAUAGGUCAAGUCUCCAACUCAACAAUCGCCGACUGGAGAGAAAAGUGAAAGAGUUACUGAUGCAAGUUGAUGAUGAGCAUCUCACAUUGACGGACCAAAAAGAUCAGUUAAGUUUGCGUUUGAAAUCAAUGAAGAGACAAGUUGAAGAAGCUGAAGAAGAAAUAGACAGACUGGAAGGUGCCAAAAAGAAACUCCAAAGAGAUUUAGAAGAGCAAAUUGACCAAAAUGAACAACUAGAAGGACAGCUGAAUGCAGCCAAAAAAGAGCUUAGCAGACGCAGGACCUCUCCAAACAAAAUGCUCAGUGAUCUUGGGGAUGAUGAUGAUGAUUUCAGCACUGAUGGAGAAAGCCUUUAUGAUGCGGCUCCUAUGUAUUAAUUUUGAAUGAAUUAUACUAUAAAUAGCUGCAGUAUAUAGAAGUUGACAAGAGAAACGGCAAAAAAAAAGGACUACAAAAAAAACAGAGCAAAGAUGAGACAAUUUGUAUUUUGAACAUUUGCAGUCAAACUGAUUCUACAUUUUGUAACAUUAUUUGUACAUAGUAUAAUGAAGAUAAAACAUAUAUAUAUAUUAUUCUUUGUAAACAUUUUCCUUAUAGAUUGUCUUACAAAACAGUGUCAGAAUCAGCAACAACAACAUGUUUUAAUAUGAUUAUUAUUUUUUGAGGGUGUAUGGGGAGGUAAGUGACCCGGGGCCAGGAGACCCAGAUGUAUUUAAUAACAUAAAUAGUCUAAGAUCGCAGAUUGUAUAUAUUUAUUUUUGUUGAUUUAAGGAUUGACAAAGGUCACUUGUUUUUCUUGCCGUCAUCAAUUUUUUUUUAAAAUAAUUUGUUACCUCUAUUAAAGGAGCAUACAACAUUUUCUUUUAAACUUUAAAAAAUUUUAUCGUCAAAACGCUAUAUAUAUAUAUAUAUAUAUAUAUAUAUAUAUAUAUAUAUAUAUAUAUAUAUAUACAUACACACACACUAUAUUACUUUUUAAUAAAUAUUUUUCAGCACUCUGCAAUAUUCUAGGCUUGGCAGAUCACAAAAACCUUUUUGUCAGAUGGUGAAGACUUUUGAAAUGAACCAUAAUAAUUAGUGAUUCUGAUUAAGGAUCAGGUGUCCUAUGCAGCUGCCUUUUGAAGAGUCAAACAAUACGUUUUUAGUGUGGAACACAUGACAAAGUUAGUUGUUCCAAGUGUUUAUAAACUUAGGCAUGAGCAGCAGUUUUCUUCUAUAAAUACAGCUGGUUUGGAACUUAUUUUGUGAAUAAAGUUUCCCUGCCAGAUUGAUAUGCCGAUCUCAUUUAUAUAUUGCUCUACAAAUGUUCAAUUUUAGCAAAAUACAUGCUGGGUUAACCACUGUCCUUAAGACAAUAUUUGCCUUUGUGGGAAACAAAAAAACCUAGAUGCCUCACUGCUAGUGUAACAGAAACAGGUUGUUAUUGUGCGUACACCCAGCAUACUGACAGAUGCUCUGUAUGCCACAUAAAUGACUUUUAUUAGAAGCAUUUUUGCCAACACAUCUAACCAAAAUUACAAUGUACUGUUGUUUGUUUUGUCUGUAAUGCCACUUUAAUUCCAAAACACUGUGUCACUCAACCAGCACCAAACAAUGUGCUUGCCAUAUUUUGCACUUAAGAAUAACUGAGCAUUACAAACACUACAUGACGUUUGCACUUGUUCAGCACUGGCACAGAAACCAAUUACUAUUAUAACAGCAAGAAUCAGAUUAUACCAAAACAUUUGUUACUUUGCCAAUGGAAAUAAUAUGUAUUUUUUAUACCAUCAGACGUUAUGCACUGGGACCUCAAAUCCCAGAGUGAGGGCAGAGUUUAAGCGCACAGUUUUGUCUUCAUGAGACAAGCAGUGGCACAUCAAACACUUAGGUUUACUGACAUAUGGCUAAGAGCUUCACACAGUUUAAUACAAAACAGAUUUUUUGGGGCUUCUGAUUUUUUGAGCUACAUGCCGGCUGCAUUUCUCCUAUAUCCGUAUUGAAUUUACAGAAUAUUUUUUCGCUUCAUAUUAAUGCACCAAUUUCAUCUAGUAAACUAUAGUGUAAAUCUGUUUUUUGUUUUGUUUUGCCAGACAUGACUUUUCUACUUUUGGCAUUAACCAAAUAUAACUGUCUUUUUCUUACCUGGCUCUAAUGUUAUUUCUCCCAAAAUGGUCUGUAUGGACACUCAGAAGCUGUAUUGGCCAAUAUGUUAAAUGCUACUGUGUUCAGCAGCCUUUCCAGCAUCAUAAGGGGAUCAAUUUAUUUUUCAUUUAACUAUUAUCAGUACACACACACAAUACCCACAUCAAACUCCAUAUUUGUAAAUAUUAUCUCUGAGUUAGUCAGUAUUAAUAUCAGUUAAAUUCAGGGGCACAUUACCUCUCUAAUGUUCAGCCAUAUUUUCAUUUUUAACUGUCAAACUUGCCAUUUCACAAUAGUAAAACACAAUAGGAUGUUUCAUUAAAUGUUGAAAUUCCAGGCAGAAAAAAAAAAACCAAUACAGAUAUUUAUUGUCAUUAUGAUAUGAAUCACGUGAUCUUUUAUUUUCAAAAAAUUUUCAAUAAUAUAGGUCAGCCUAAUAUUCCCUCUUGAAUUGCCACCUCUCUAGCAUAACCUUGAAAUAUGAGAAAACAUUUGGAAUUAGUUUUAUAAAACCAUAACUUUUAUUGAUGAAAUUAAGCUCCAAGUGUCAAAAGCUAAUUUAACCCCUUAACGACCACAUCAAACACUAAAUACAUGUCAUAAGGAUAGUAUUAAGGUUAUUCCCUGCCUCCCUCUAGUCAUGAGUGCUAACAUGUUGAUAUUUAUCUUUCACUACAGUCGAGUGCUGACAUGAUUGCACAUGCGCAGCUGCUCUCCUUCAGAUAACUGCAGCGUAACCUAGGCUCCAUAAUGGCAGCACACAUGAUCGGAGGGAGGUGCAUGACAUUUAUUUAGUGAUAAGGGUCCUUUUUAAGGGUUUAUCGGCUCAUAAUAGUGCAGGUCUCGCCGCCAGUGGCAAGACCAUGCUAUUAUGACCUCCCUGUCUCCUGCAGGCCUCCUGAAAUAGCGCAGUCUUGCUGCUGGUGACGAGACUGCGCUAUCAAAAGAUCAAGUCCUAUUAAAAGAUCAGCAACGUGCAGGGUAUGUUGCCAGUCUUUAAGGGGUUAAACCUCUAAAGAGAAGGUCUUUUAUAAUUUUCCCACUUAUUUAAAAAAAACUAAGUUUUAAAAGUAAAUGCCCUAUUGUGUUAGAGAAUUUUAUUUUUGUACUAUUGCUUGUAUAUGAUUGUGUGUUUAACCCCUGCAAAGAUCAGCUCCAUCAGCAAUGCAUUACUGGGCCUUAGCUGGACACAUCUGGUGAGUCAAUUACUAGAAACACAUGCUUCUCAGUCUAUCUAGAUAUGCAUUUCAACAAAAGAAACCAAGAGAACAAAAUAGUGUAAAUUUGAUAAAAUAACCAGACUGAAAGUCUCUCUUAAAAUUGCAUACUCUGGGCUCGUAAGCUGCUUGCGAGUCCUUGCAGGGAAAACCUGCUUUCUGCAAUGUAAGAAACAGAAGUUACCAGACUUACGCUCUCCACCACCUCUAAGAUGGUGUAUAGAAGUCACCCCGGAAAAGUUCACUUGGGGUGACUGACAGCCCCUUCUCGUGCAGAAUUGGUUGCGUGAGACAAGGUGGCAUCAUUACUCACUCAAGUGAGUGUUUAAUGGUACACAUUGAUGCUAAGCCUGUCGGACAGGUUCUCAAGUUGAGUACAUGGGGCCCAGUAUCUUAACCAUGAAAGUUUAAAUUCAACUUCCUGUCCAUUUUAACCACUUGUUUAGUUUUAUGUACACUACUGCUUGUGCUAUUGAGGUUUUUUAAUUACAUCUGUUUUUUUUUCUGUUACAUUGUAUGAGGUUUGUACCAGAGCAACAGUCUUUAUUUAUUAACAAUUUAGAAAUCAUAUAAAUUAGCUUAUCAUAUAUAUCUUUUAAAAGCGCACAGUAGAUUCACAUCCAAAGUCUUCCUGCUAUUGUAGAAAAAAUAAAUCCUUUAUUUGUGAUUCAAUGGAAUGUUUUGCAUGAUGAGACUUAUAAAGCUAACCUCUCAACGUCUAAUUAUUACAAAAUUUCUCUUUAUUCAUUAAACUCUAUUGCAACAGUAACCUGAUCUGUCCAGGUUAUGAAUGUGAUAUCUGAAUUAAUACCCCUUCUCAACAGUGAAAGGCUUCAUUAAAAACAGCUCUUACGUAUGAAUAGAAAAGUUUAGAAUAUAUAUAUAUAUAUAUAUUUGCUUCUUACCUGCACAAUGUUUUCCUGAUUCAUACAAUAAAAUAACCAAAAGAGUCUAUUUAGUUAAUGCAGAUAUUUUUUUCUUUUUAUGUAAACAUUUCCAAAGAAGGUAAUACCUUUCAUGGUGAGUGAUCCAAAUAAGAAAUUCACAAGUUUUUCUUGCAUAACAUCCUGAAAUGCUUAAUUUUAGAUUAAUUAAUGUUCAUCAAAGUUAUUAUACUAUCCUUCCAUAUUAGUUUAAUUUAGAGUGGGCAUAUUUAAAAACAAUAUUGUUAAUAUUAUAUCACAUCACUUUAAUGCAAAUGAGAAGACAGACAUACACCUACAAACUCUGCUUAUAUUUAUAAAGCUUUUCUAUGGGACAAAAACUCAUGUGUAUCAUCCAGUCAUAAAUACAGAUGUGUAUUCGUUUGGAAACAAAUGCAAAAAAGACAGACAAAUUUGUUGCAUUAAUUUAUGAACGAAUCGCCAUAUUGAACAAAUAAAUUUAAUGUUUGAACAAAUUAAUUUAAUUCAUUCAUUCAAAUGAGAAAUGCAGUCAGGAGAGGCCAAUCACAAGAGACUAGGAAGUACAAAUUGAUUGAUUGCUUAAGCAGCCUGUCAGAGUCAAACCUGACAGUGAACUAAGAGUGAUGUGUGCAAUUUCUUACCCAAUCCUGACUUCCCAUUUGCCUGGCUAAAAAAAACAUUUAAACUCUCUUGGUUAAUACAUUUGGGCCUAAAUGACCCAAGAGUGUGAUUUUUGCCUUCUUGGUGCUCAUUUACUUACAUGUAGUAGGCUGCAAUCCAACACUACUGCAUAUCACUUUACAUGUUUACUUCUACUCUUUUAAGCUGUGCAAAAACUUAAUUCUUACUAUUUGUAUAUGUCUCAUACAGUAUUAUUACAUUUAAUAUUAAAGGAAUUCUUUGAUUUCUAA